UUGAUAUGCCAAAAACUCUUCAUCUGCGCAUGCUUUCUUUCGCUGUACAGUAUGCCUAGUAUGUUUACGAUUGGAUUUGCUUAUGGACUUCCGAUGCCCAAUGAAAUGAGUUUAUUCAUGUCUAUUCUACUAUAUUCAAGAUUAAAGGAAACAAAGACUUGAGCAGAAGACAUUUCCAAUGGCCAACCACACUACCCAAAAUUUUAGGUCUCCAAGCUGUACGUUUCUAGAAUUAUAUCAUAUCAUUCAAACAAGCCCACAGAAUGAAGUGUUUGUCAUAUUCAUCGUUGUUUUGAACUCYUUAAUAGCUUUGCUGUCGUCUUUUAGCAAUUUAAUCGUCAUUAUGACAAUACUGCGAACUCCUUCCCUACGUACACCAUCGUAUAUCCUAAUAAUAGGCUUGGCUGUAGCUGAUUUUGGUGUUGCUACCAUUGGACAACCUUGCUACUGUAUGCUUAAGAUGGYUGAGCUGAGGAACAGACUUGACAGAUUUUGCUUAUGUGGAUGGGUCUAUUACUACGUCACGACAAUAUUUUCCAUGUCUUCGUUUUUUCUGCUAACUUGUAUUGCAGCCGAUCGCUUCCUUGCCAUUCAUCUUCACCUACGAUACCAAGAAAUCGUCACAAAUGCGCGAUACUCGAUCCUGGUUGCACUAAUCUAUUUAUUUUGUCUGACAASUGCAAUCUUAGCCAUUAUUGUACAAGAUGAUGUUACUCUCCGCGUGUAUUCUUAUUGUGUUUUCAUCCUYUUUAUCCUCGUAAUCUUCCUAACUUUAUAUUUCUUCAUGAGAGUAUCUCUAGUUAUUCGYCGUCACAACGCUCAAAUCCAAGCACAACUAGAGUCAACACAUCUAAAURUCAACAUGCCAAAAUACAAGAAGUCUAUGAACACGAUGCGGUACAUAGUCGGCGCGUAUUGCAUCUGCUACACGCCCAAUGUAUUAAAUUUGAUUGUGUUUCUACGAUUCGUGACGAUUGAAAGUGAAGCGUUUUUAUACUUUGUUGUAGUUUGUGAUGCUAUUUUGAUGGCUAAUGGAUUGUUGAAUCCGAUAAUUUACUGCUUGAGAAUCAAAGAAAUUAGAGAAGCGGUUGAUCGCCUUGUGCAACGAUUCCGYAUGCUAUAUACUUUCUCCUAAAUGCAAAAAAUGCAGAAAAUAUCUAGAUGUCUUGUCACUUCUGGCGCAUUUGGUUACUUGGCUGUGAUUAGCUGUCUAUUAAAAGAUGGGAAAUGAAAUAUGGGAAAUGGAAAAUGMGAAAUUAAAAAAAUGGGAAUUGAAAUACUUCAAGAACAUCUUAGAGAAGAUUUAUCUACCGAGAGUUGUGAAUUCGUUUAUAACAAGAUGAGGUUUUAAUGAGAAAGGAACUUAGAAACAGAAACAUUUAAGAUAGGACAUGAUAAGAGGACUGCGCAGUCAUAUAUAAAUCAGACAUUAAACGUAGGGUAUCUGAAUUUAGAAUGACAUUAUGCCGCAUAAUUUGGUAGCAUUAAUAUAUUACGACGAUCAAUGCCUAACUAUUCUGUGUAUAAAUUUGAACCAUCUACUGCUAAAAGGAUAAACAAAUAUUGACAUUGAUUGUGAAUUUUCGUGAUCUUUCCUGACAGUUUAAUAAUAGCGACUUAUUAAACUCAGAAAUUCAUUAGAUGUUGAAAAUAAUUUACAAUCCAAUUAAUAUAUUCCAAUUUUAAAGUGCCUAUGACGCCUGACAAAAAAAAUUUCUGAUUCUCU